CCCCCCCCCCCCCGGCGCUCCACUGCCGCUGCCGCCGCCGUCUCCUGCGUGCCUCCAAGAUGCCCGGGCAGCGGCGGGGAUGCUGCCGCAGCCCGUUGGUACCAGCCCACCUUCCCUGGUUUUUGAUGCUGAACCUGGAUCGUUUUAACUAAAGAUGGAAACACUGGAGUCAGAAUUGACCUGCCCAAUCUGCCUGGAAUUGUUUGAGGACCCCCUCUUGCUGCCGUGCGCCCACAGCCUCUGCUUCAGCUGCGCCCACCGCAUCUUGGUGUCCAGCUGCUCUUCCAGUGAGUCCAUCGAGCCCCUCUCUGCCUUCCAGUGCCCCACGUGCCGCUAUGUCAUCUCCCUCAACCACCGGGGCCUGGAGGGCCUCAAGAGGAAUGUGACCCUGCAGAACAUCAUUGACCGCUUCCAGAAGGCAUCCCUGAGCGGGCCCAACUCCCCCAGCGAGAGCCGCCGUGAGCGGACGUACCACAACAGCCCAACCAUGUCGGUGGCUGGCGAGAGGAUCGCCUGCCAGUUCUGCGAGCAGGACCCGCCACGGGACGCGGUGAAGACCUGCAUCACCUGCGAGGUGUCCUACUGCGACCGCUGCCUGCGCGCCACGCACCCCAACAAGAAGCCCUUCACCAGCCACCGGCUGGUGGAGCCCGUGGCCGAUGCCCACUUCCGAGGGCUCACGUGCCUAGAGCACGAGAAUGAGAAGGUGAACAUGUACUGUGUCGCUGACGACCAGCUCAUCUGUGCCUUAUGCAAACUGGUGGGACGCCACCGGGACCACCAAGUGGCAUCCCUCAGCGAUCGCUUCGAGAAGCUGAAGCAAACACUGGAGACGAAUCUCACCAACCUGGUGAAGCGCAACAGCGAACUGGAGAACCAGAUGGCCAAGCUCAUACAGAUCUGCCAGCAAGUGGAGGUUAACACAGCCAUGCAUGAGGCCAAGCUGAUGGAGGAGUGUGACGAGCUCAUGGAGAUCAUCCGCCAGCGCAAGCAGGUCAUCGCUGUCAAGAUCAAGGAGACGAAGGUGAUGAAGCUGCGGAAGCUGGCUCAGCAGGUCGCCAACUGUCGGCAGUGCCUGGAGCGCUCCACGGUCCUCAUCAACCAGGCAGAGCACAUCCUGAAGGAGAACGACCACGCGCGGUUCCUGCAGACAGCCAGGAACGUGGCUGAGAGGGUCGCCAUGGCAACCGCCUCCUCCCAAGUUCUGAUACCAGAUAUCAAUUUUAAUGAUGCCUUUGAAAACUUUGCUUUGGAUUUUUCCAGAGAGAAGAAGCUGCUGGAGGGGCUGGAUUACCUGACGGCACCGAACCCGCCGUCAGUGCGGGAGGAGCUCUGCACAGCCUCCCACGACACCAUCACUGUGCACUGGAUGUCCGAGGAUGAGUUCAGCGUCAGCUCCUACGAGCUGCAGUACACCAUCUUCACCGGGCAGGCCAACUUCAUCAGUCUCUACAACUCCAUGGACAGCUGGAUGAUUGUCCCCAACAUCAAGCAGAACCACUACACGGUCCACGGGCUCCAGAGCGGCACCCGCUACAUCUUCCUCGUCAAGGCCAUCAACCAGGCGGGCAGCCGGAACAGCGAACCUGCCCGGCUCAAGACCAACAGUCAGCCUUUCAAGCUGGACCCCAAGAUGGCCCACAAGAAGUUGAAGAUCUCCAAUGAUGGGCUGCAGAUGGAGAAGGAUGAGAGCUCCUUGAAGAAGAGCCACACGCCCGAGAGGUUCAGCGGGACAGGAUGCUAUGGAGCAGUGGGAAACAUCUUCAUUGACAGCGGCUGUCACUACUGGGAGGUGGUGGUGGGAUCCUCAACCUGGUAUGCCAUAGGCGUGGCAUACAAGUCAGCCCCCAGGAACGAGUGGAUCGGGAAGAACUCUUCGUCGUGGGUCUUCUCCCGCUGCAACAACAACUUUGUGGUGAGGCACAAUAACAAGGAGAUGCUGGUGGAGGUGCACCCGCAGAUGAAGCGCCUCGGCGUCCUCCUGGAUUACGACAACAACGCGCUCUCCUUCUAUGACCCGGCCAACUCCCUGCACCUCCACACGUUCGAAGUCUCCUUCAUCCUGCCUGUGUGCCCGACCUUCACCAUCUGGAACAAGUCCCUGAUGAUUCUCUCGGGUCUGCCCUCCCCGGACUUCAUCGAUUACCCAGAGCAGCAGGAGUGUAACUGCAGGCCCCAGGAGUCCCCAUAUGUAUCGGGAAUGAAAGCCUGUCACUAGCCUGCCCUGCCCUGCCCACAGCGCUGGCAGUGCUGGUGAUGCCGGUGGUCAGAUCCUGCUCCCACAGGCCAGUGCCUCCCACACGCAGCUCGAUGAAUUCUUUUUAAGGGGAAAGAGGAAGAACCACUGCCCACAACAAACCAAACUGCUCAUGGUGAGCUCCA